GGAGAUGGAAAAUCCUAUGCAAGUAAAAGAUUACGAAAUCUUUUCGGUUCAUAAUAUUUCAUCUUCCGAUCAGUUCACAAUAUCAAAACACACUUUUCUAAAAUUUAUGCUACUUCUUUUCGAAUAUCGUGUUCUCGGAAAAUUUUUUGAAAUUCUAAAGUUCAUUAUAUUCGACUUCUUUUUGGCCUACAAAGUUCCGAGUUUUAUUUUUGAUAUUUUUAAGUCGACGAUGAAGAUAAUCACCUUCGGGUUACUUCCGAAAUUAUAUUAUUAUGCCAAAGAUUUUUUAGAAACAAAUGGUCCAGGAAUUUAUCUUGUUUAUUUUGUUCUAUGGUAUCUCGGAUAUUAUGUACUAUACUAUGAAAAUGGUUGGAUGUUUUGGACUUGGGAUUGGUUAAUCAAUAUCGCUUGGACUGUUGCAGUUAUUUUCGUGUCGUACGGGGCUUACGAAGAAAUUAAGAAAAAAUGA